CUGCAUAAAUAAGACAGUAGCUAAAUCUAAUUAAUUAAACUGGCUCAUUGGUUCAAAUAGACAAGAAAAGCAAAGAAGAAACAAGAACAUACUUUGUUAGUAGAUACUAUGUUAUACCUGUGCUAUUUAGAUUGUCAAAACAUGCAGUAUCUAAAAGUUUGAUUAGGUUUUAAGUACGGUCUGUGACAAUGAUUAUUAAGCCGCCUAAAAAGGCAUAAAAUUAAGAUUUUACAACCUAUAUAUCUGUUACACAGUUUGGCUAAGAGCCUUCAAAUUUCUAACCCCUUUUUCUCAACUUCAUUGUCUCUGUAGUUAUUGAUCUCUGGCAGUGCUGUUGUCUAAAAACUAUUAAAACUCAAGUUAGUUUAAGUGAAUCCCACACAUGCAGUUGUGCUGCCUUACUCACUAGUAAGUAGCGUUUGCUAAAAACUACAGUGUCCAGCUAUUUUAGCAGAAUACUUAGUCUUUAAUACAAAUUUAAAAAUAUACUUAUUCAUGACCUGGUUUUUAUUUAAAGAUGAAUGUUUUCAGUAGGAAUGAGGGUGGGGAAGUCGUUAAGUAUUUUUACAGGAUUUGUUGACAGUAACAAUAGAAUAUCAUCAGCCUUUAUGAUAGAAGCUCAGUCUUCUGACACAAGUUUCUCUUCUGUACUGGAGUACAUUUUUUUAAAAUGAUACCAUAUUUCUGAGCAUUACAUACCCUAACAUGGCAUGAUGGGUUCUCUUACUGCUAAUUAUUGAAAAAAAUAAGUCACGUGCCACACAUCUGAAUGGUUUGUUUUUCCCCUUUAGAAGAUGAAUUAAAAAUACACAUCUGAGUAGAGAAUUAUGUCCAUACUUUCAAUUUAUUACAUACUACGUCUGUUAAACUACUAAUUAUAUGUGUUUUUCUUCUCACAGAUCUCAAACACUACUGGGUUUACAAAGCUGUUUUAUGUUUUCAUGUCAUCAUCAUUGUAUGAUUUGUAUGACCGUCGUAAACAGCUGUUCAACACCUAGAUGGUAAAAACGGUUGAUAAAACACAGUGACGUGUGCUGCGUUCAAGUGAGCCCAGAUUUUCAGGCUUUUAUAGCCGUUAACACGAGCUCAUUCGAGUUACAUGUCUGCGGUUAAAAAUGACAGCAAGUUGAUGUAUAUAGCGGUACAUAACGUUUUUGGUGCAGGGGAAUAGUAAACAUCUGCCGUCUUGUGAAGCGUCGUUAGUUUACUGCGGUCAAGUCAGCCGUCAUUUAAAAAGCCGGUCAAGUCAGCCGCCGAUUUUGAUGCGCGUCUAUUCGCGCUGUUACGGUACAGGUGCUUCAAAGACUCGCAUGACAGCAAUAAUUUCUCACCAUGGAUAUAUUGAUCCAUGUUUCUCACAUUACAUUACACAUCAUGAUUCAAUUCAUAUUCUGGAAUUCCAAGAUAACCUCAGCCCCACCCUCUUCAAUGUUUAUAUUAACAUGUUAUAUAAUAAUAAUAAUAAUAAUAAUAUGUUAUUAGAACAAUCAACAGCACCUGGUCUCAUUUUUCAAGACACAGAAAUUAAGUGUCUGUUUUAUGCAGAUGACCUGGUACUGUCUCCUACUUAAGAAGGUCUUCAGCAGAGCCUGGACCUUCUCCAUCAGUACUGUCAGACCUGAGCCCUGACAGUUAACAUGAAGAAGACCAAAAUUACCUUCCAAAAAAGAUCAAGGUUACAGAGAAAUGACCCAACAUUUUAAAAUAGGUGAGACCUGAAUAGAACAAACAAAUACCUAUAGGUUUACAAAUUAGUUUGCCAGGAAACUUCUACUCUGCUGUGAAGGAACUCAAAGAGAAGGCACUUCUAUGCCAUCAAAUGUUCAGUUCAAAUCCAAAUUCCAAUUAGGACACGGCUCAAAAUAUUUAAAUCAGUUAUAGAAUCAUUUGCAUUGUAUGGCAGUGAGGUAUGGGGCCCCUUACUACAAAAUGAUUGGGCAAAAUGGGACAAAAAUCCAGUUGAAACCCUGCAUACAGAGUUGUGCAAAAGUAUUUUGCGGGUACAAAGGAAAACCCCAAACUCUGCAUGCGGGGCUGAAAUGAAAUAUGGCCAAUAUGCUUUACUUUCUAAGAUCUAUCAAAUUAUGGAGCCAUAUUUAAAAAGAGUGGCCCUACCUGUUACCAUUAUAAAGCCCUUGCCUACCAAGAGUUGAAGAUAGAAAGGAGUCGCCUCAGCAAACUAGUCCUGAGGCUGGCUGACCUUUCACCUUCUGACACCACAAACCCCGGCCAGCCUCAGAGCAGUUACACGAUGGAUGACACACACAACACAAACUAGAAACAUGUGUCCCUAAACAGACAGUAUACUGCAGACUACCCAACCACAGUAACUGAUGACAGUGUACAGACUGAGUGACCACAGCAAUAGAGAAGGGCAGACCUGGCCGUCCAGAGAGGGCAGGCAGUAACCUAUGAAGGAAAGGUUUCUUUAUGACAGGUCAAAGAUGAAUAUAUAUAUUUUAACGUUUGAGCUCCCUUUAAAAAAAAAAACAACAGUUCAGUAGAAUAACUUCGACUUUUAUUAUAACGUUGUUUGGAUUUCAUAUAAUGUCGUUUUUACUUGGUAUAUCAAAUGUGAUCAAUUAUUGCUGAAAUACGGGGCUUUCUUAGUCCUUUUUGGCCACUUCAAGCACCCGUACCGUAACAUGGAUAGACGCGCAUCAAAAUCCAAGCGGCGGCUGGCGCAACACCGACUUGGCUCGGUUGACCGCAGAGUCGGGUCAGAACUCCGUAAUUCUCUACACCACGUGAAGUGGACACUCUCUAGUCACGUGACUGCUGGACCUCUUAGUCAAAAAAAAAAACCCCACCGAGGACCCGAGCAGCUUGUCAACAACUGCAAGAAGGUGUGACAGUCAGCCAGCAAACUUUCUCAGCGUCGACCGAGCAAAGACUGAAGCAACACCAAAUCAUCGCUCACCUGUCCGCUAGACAGGCCGUCUCAAUGCAUUACAGAAGACCGAAAACACCGCGGGGAUCAUGGAUGUGUACGAUUUGUUUAGUAGUUGCAAAAAGGGCGACAUUUGUAGAGUCAGAUACCUUGUUGAACAAAGAGACGUGGACCUCAAUGUAAGAGAUAAAUGGGACAGCACCCCUUUGUAUUAUGCUUGUCUCUGUGGUCAUGAGGAGCUGGUCCAGUACCUGUUGGCUAGUGGUGCCAAGUGUGAAGCCAACACGUUCGAUGGCGAGAGGUGUAUGUACGGAUCUCUGAAUGACUCUGUUCGACGCCUGCUCAAAGACUAUAAGUGUGUCAGUGUCCGCGCCAUGCAGCGGGAUGAUUUUAACUACUUUCUGCACAUGUUACUGGAGCAGGGUCAACACAGCGAUGUCAAGUUCCUGGUUCAUGGACAAAUAUUUACGGCCCACCGAUGUGUUCUCAGUGCACGCUCAGAGUACUUCACAGAUUUGUUUGAGACCAAAUGGAAAGGGAAGAGCUUGAUCACCCUCAAACACCCUUUGGUCAACCCUGCAGCCUUUGGAGCCAUCCUGCAAUAUUUCUAUACAGGACGGAUGGAUAUUGAUAUAAGCCUUGUGGAGGACUCCAGACGACUUGCUAAACAGUGCAAAAUGGCAGAGCUCAUGGAAGAGCUGGAGAAUAAAUGCAAACAGGUGUAUGAAUUUGUGUCCAACAAGCCAGGAGUCUGUGUGAAAGUUCUCAGCCUGGAGCCUCACAGCUGUCAACUUCAAGAGGAGAUGGCUCAGUUAGCAGACUGUGCACUUCCCACUGAACUCAGAGUUGGAUUUGGUGAACUUCCCUUUAACAGAGUCGACCACUUUCCUACUUAUCCUGACAUCUGCUUCAGAGUCGAUGGUUACAAUUUCUUGUGUCAUAAGGCGUUUUUCUGUGGACGUAGUGAUUAUUUUAAAGCCUUAAUGGAGGACCACUUCAGUGAAGGAGAGCAGCUGCAGUCCCAGCCCAGCACCCCAGUGAUUACUUUACACAACAUUGCCCAUGAAAUAUUUAUCCACGUCAUGUAUUACAUCUACACUGAUGACACAGAGCUAACAACAGAGAACGUGUUUGAUGUGCUAUGCGUGGCUGACAUGUACCUGCUGUCGGGGCUGAAGCGUCUUUGUGGGAAGACGCUCGCUAAGACUAUAUGUGAGGACAACGUUCUGUACAUGUGGAAGACGGCAAAGCUUUUCCGUCUCUCUCGGCUGGAGGAUUACUGCACAGAGUUCAUGGCCAAGAUCAUUGAUCGGCUGGUGGAGCAGGCAGAGUUUGCGGAGAUCAUUAAAGAGGAUGCUGCGUCGUUGGAGGAGCGACACGAGACUGACUCCGUCCCCCUGGUGGACGACAUCCGCUACCACAUCGCCAGCAACGUGCAGACUUACAGCGCCAUCGAGGAGGCCAAUCAGAAACUGGAGGCCUUGGAGGAGCUGCUCUCCAGCAUGAAUAUUGACUGCUGAGGGGUCGGCAGGUUGUGGUUUGUGGCUGUCGCUGCAGCUCCUGCGGAGUUUUUAAGUUGGAUGCUCUGGGAGGGGACAUAUGAGAAAAACAUAUGGUCUGUGUGUUUGUAGGUUUUAUUUUAUUUACAGUAUAUUGUACAGAAUGUGUUUUCAGUGGAUGUUCUGAUGUUACAGGGGCAUAUUCAGAGAAAGCUGUUUAUGUUGUCUAUUAAAAGUUUCUUUGAGUGAGUCAUAUCAAAUGAUAAGAAAAUAUAUUUGUUAUGAAGUAUCACAUUGUUAAGUUCUGCAGGAGGUGUUUUGAGGAAAUUGUGGAUUAUGUAUUUUCAACAGAAUAUUUUUGAAUUGCACGUGCAUGAAUUUAUUUUAGGCAUUAUUUGUAAUUGCUAGAAUUUAAACUAGCUGGUUAUUUAGCUUUUAAAAUGUAGUUUGCCCCCAGCAAAGUUCAGCAUCAGCCCUCAUAUUGAACACUAUGGCAUUGGAGUUAUUAUAGCAUUAGCGUUAUUGGUAUGCUAAAAGAAAGCCAAACAAGUGCAUGCCAUGCACUGACACGCACUUGAUAACUAUGACGAACAGUACAGUAUACUGUAUGUUUACUUCAUUCAUUCAGAAAAUAUUUUUAACCUCUAACUUCAUAGAAUAUAGUUUUAUGAUGUAUUUCAUGCACAGAAGAAUGCAACUUUUAUUUUGGAUUUGAUUGGCUUUGGCUGCUGUAGUUCGCCUCACUAUUCAACCUGUGACAUUCCUCCACCGUGAAUACUUACACUUAUCCACCUUAAACAUAUUCCUGCCCUUUGUUUAAACCUAAAAUGGAAAAACAUAUUUCCUGCUGCCAUGUGUGACAGCAAACAUCUCUUGCCCAGUGGGUGCACAAGAAAAUAAAGCUCUUACUAAACUGUUUGCAUGUAAAAUCCACAAUCAACACAAGGAAAUAUUUAAAGAUUUGUUGUCAAGAUGGUGAUACUGCUAUUCUAAAAAUGGAUAAAUAACUGCUCUUGGUUUUGGCAAUUAAACAUGGUAUUGCAAGCA